CCCUAGACCUACAGGCGUGUGGAGUGUCCAGUGCUGGGGCACAGAGUUUUCUGGAGGUUCUCAAAUACAACACAACACUGGUGGUUCUGGACCUUAGGAGGAACCCUCUCAUUGAUCGUGACGUCAUGCAUUCCCUGAUGGAACAACUCAUGCUCAACAGUAACGGAGAGGAUGGGGAGGUGAGCCAGCCCAGUAGCCGGCGACGUCCCAGAGUGACCGGUGGAGUGACCAGACGAGCUGACGUCCUGCGGAGUCCAGGACUGCCCUGGAGGACUGCUCUACGGGCCAAUAGGUUCAGAGGUCACCCCCCAGAAGUGUCCAAGUUCGUCAACGACCAGUCAGUAGACGCGACCUCCUCCUCUAUCCUUGUCACCAGCGGGAGCGGCAAACACUUGCUAGCAGACUACAACAACCACCACGACGAUGAUGAUGAUGAUGACGACAGCAUGACAGCGACUACAUCAGCGGUGGCCGAUGUGGUGGUGACGGGGGAGUACGGUGGUGGUAGUGGUGGAUCGGGGAAGCUGGUUCGAAUCCGAGCGGAAGCUGAUGCAGCUAUGAGGAAGUUGGAGGAGAGUCAUUUGUCGCUGGAUUUGAAUAACCAGAAGGAUGUUAAGGUUGAACUGGAACAGAUGCGACGUCAUUUGAGGGAGGAAAGAUUGGCGAGGGCACAGGCUGAUCACAGGGUGAUGCAG